AUCAUUUUAUAUAUUUGGGUUAGUAUUAGUUAGUGAUAAUUUUAGAUAGUUAAAAAAAAAUAUUGAUAACAUUUAUAGUAUUUUAAAAUUUUAGAAAAGUUGAGAACAUGGUAACGGCAUGUCACUGCCGCUCUGUGGCUACACUGUGGCCGGUGGCGUGCAUGUGAAUUACGAAAUUACCCCUACGGUUAUGCCGUGGAGCUUAGCUCCCGGGAUACGAAAUUACCGAAUUGCCCUCGGACGUGCUAAGUAAUUGCUCUGACACCACUGCAAACAGCAGUGGCAGUGGCGCUGGGAGUGGCAGGUGCUGCACCGGAUGUUCCAACGCCCUGCACCGUCCGUCUCGAAAUCUACGGACGAUGUCCGACCACGUGUCCGUAGAUUUCGGUGCCAAUGACAAUUUGGGAAUUUCGCGGGCUGAGUAAAUUAUCAUUACGCCACGUCAGCAGUGACAGCUGGCGGGAUAAAAUGGGUAAUGGUGAAAAAAAGAUUGCAGUGAGGAGGUCUCAGAGACUUGACCUUAAAUACCGCUGCUCCGUUCGACCUUUCCCUCGUUUUUCUCCUGCAAUUCUUUUCUCUCUCCUCUCCGCUCUCUCUCUCUCUCUCUCUCUCUCUCUCUCUCUCUCUCUCUCUCUACGCCCCGUUCUUCUCAACUAAAACCCGGGUUUAAACCCUAAUUUCGAUCUAUAUUUUUUGCGAUUUUGGGAUCGAAACGAAGGGGGAUUACCUGCGAUUUGCGUGGAUUUUGAUGAAUCGGAGAGUGGUAGCUCGGGAUCGAUCGAACUGCGGCUUGGAGUGAUGGAUCCGAGCCGUUGUUCGGGGAUGGGGCGCGACGAGGCGGAGUUCUCCGAUCACGUGGUCGCGCUGAGGAAGACGAUCCGAUCCGCGGGGAGAUCGCGGAGCGCGCCGCGGAUCGUGCGCAUCUACGUCGCCGACCCCGACGCCACCGACUCCUCCUCCGGGGACGACGAGCCCCGGCGCCUGUUGCCGCGGCGGCGGUGGCGGCGCCGGCGCCGCGUCCGGAGGCACGUGCGCGAGAUCGAGAUCGGCGUCGCCCCCGCCCCGCCCGCGCCGGCGCCCGUGCCGCGGCGCAGGGGGGUUAAGGUUUCGAGGCCGCUGGAGAAGGAGGCGGAGGAGGGAUGCGGCGGCGGCGGCGGCGGCGAGAAGCGCUUCCGCGGGGUGCGGCGGCGGCCGUGGGGGCGGUGGGCGGCGGAGAUCCGCGAUCCGACGCAGCGGAAGCGCGUUUGGCUCGGCACGUUCGACACCGCGGAGGAGGCCGCCACCGUCUACGACAGCGCCGCGAUCCGCCUCAAGGGCCCCAACGCCGUCACCAACUUCCCCGCCCCCGAUCCCCCCUCCACUAGCCCUAACCCUAACCCUAACCCCAACCCCAACCCCAACCCUAACGACGCCGCCCCCUCCAACGGCGACGCCGCGUCCAACCGCUCCCCGACCUCGGUGCUCCGUUACACGGAGGAGGGGACGACGGCGCCGUUCGCCCCCUUCCUGGACGGCGAAACGGACCCCUUCGGCUUCGGCCUCGGCUUCCCCCUCCCCCUCGAAACGCCGUUUCCCGCUCCGUUCCAUCUAACGGACUUCUACGGCCCCCAGCGGCACUUCUGGGAGGCCGAGUUUGGGGAGUUCGACGCGGACGUUUUCGCCCAGGAGAUCGCCGCCGUUUAAUUUUCCUUCUCUCUCUCCUUUUUCUUUUUCUUUUUUUUUUUCCCUUCCAUUUUUUUUUUCUCUUUUUCCAAAUGACGGAAUUGCCCUUGAGUCGAUUCCGAACGAAUCGCCGAGUUUCGGGUGAGAGAAACGGGAGAGAGUGGCGGGAUUUUUGAGAUAUUUAUCUUACCUUUUUUUUAUUAAUAUUAAAAUUAUUAAAAAAUGGGGUCAAUUUACGUCAUACUUUUUGUGUGUGGAGUAGAGAGAGAGAGAGAGAGAGGAGAGAGAGAGGAGAAAGUGUGAGUGGGGGUGGUGCGGAGGCGCAGGGUUUGCUUGCGCGUUACGUUUUUUUUUCUUUCCCUUGGUGACGUGGAAAAGAGUGGAAUUAUUGUUUCUUAUUAUUAUUUUUAAUGGUUUUUUUUUUUUUUUUUUUUACUUAAUUGCUGAGUAAUUUUGCGGAGUGGGUUCCACUUUUUGGGCCCAUGCCCACGUGUACAAGCGUUGCAUUUGCCUCCCUUUUUUUUUGGGUAAAUUUUAAAUACCCCUUGUAAUUCUCUUUUAAA